AUGAUUUCAGAUAUUCAACAACACGAUCAUGAAACCGGAACACAGGAUGCGGGUCAAGAACAACGACAUCAACAAACACAAGCGCGACGACAACCACAACAACAAGAAGAACGCCAACGUUUACGACAACAACAGCAACAAGAACAGUGCGAACGGCAACGUCAACGUCAAGAAAGAAACCAACGACGAUACGAGCAAUGGCAAGAACGCAUUAUAUUAUUCAUGGCACGAGAACGAAAGCAAAAUUCAACUUUCGAUGAAAUCGAUAAAUUACUUGCCGAUGAAGAAUUUUGUCGAGCAGUAGAAGCAUUGAAUGACGAUGCAGACAUUACUGUUCACUCAUCAACACAGACGACACCAGAUCCUUUAAAUACUGCUUUUAUUGAGGAGACCAACCUCAAUGAACAUCAACAAAGUAAUUUAUCUCAACAACAAAGUAGUUUAUCUCAACAACAAAGUAAUUUAUCCGAACAACAAAGUAGUUUAUCUGAACAACAAAAGAGUUUACCUCAACAACAAAGCCAAACUAUAAAUGAUGCAUCAGCCAUCCUUCGUGAGUUGGCAGAGAUAACGACUGAACAUGAACAUGAACGGAUCGAUCAACCUUUACCAAAAACAACAGCAGCAGGAAACUUGGUCGAAAUAGUUGAUCUAUCACCAUCAACAUCUCGUACGAUCGAUCUACGUACACCGACACCAACAACAAUCGAUCUUUCUACACCUGCACCAAUUACGAUCGAUUUAGAUUCACCUCAAAUACCAUCCAAUACUAACACUACGGACUCACCACUUCAUUUAAGUCCAAAAUAA